AUGCCGAGCUCCAAGACUGCAGCAGAUAUGGACUUUAGAGCACUUCCCAAGAUCGAGCUCCAUGCCCAUCUGACGGGCAGUGUAAGCCGUCGCACGCUCCACGAGAUAUGGGCCGUGAAGAAGGCGGCGGGGGAGACCGAGCUGGAAGAUCCCCUCGUUGUCAUGCCGGAGGAUAAACAUGACUACAACCUAACAACGUUCUUCCCCCUCUUCUCAUCAUACAUCUACAACCUCAUCACAGCCCCAGAAGCCCUCCGCACGGCAACUCUCUCUGUAUUGAAGGACUUCCAUGCAGACGGCGUGACGUACCUCGAGCUCCGGACCACGCCCCGCUCCCUCCCGUCCCCAACGCCGCAGCCGCCGUCAGUCUACGUCUCCACGAUCCUCUCAGCGAUAGCCGAGUUCGAGGCGGCGCACCCCGGCCCGGAGACCAUGCGCACGCGUCUAAUCCUCUCCGUCGACAGACGGCACACGCCCGCGCAGGCGGACGAGACGGUGCGUCUCGCCGCGCAGUUUCGCGACCAGGGCGUCGUCGGCGUAGACCUCUGCGGCGACCCCGCGGCGCGGUGCCACGGCGUGGACGGGCAGGACAACAUCUCCAUCUUCCGCGACGCCUUCGCGGAGGCCAAGCGGCUGGGCCUGGGACUCACGAUCCACUUCGGCGAGGCGGAGUGCUCCGGACACCCCGACGAGCUGGCGGAGAUCCUGUCGUGGGGGCCUGGGAGGCUGGGGCAUGUUAUACACCUCGGGGAGGACGUGAAGAAGGAGAUCACGGCGAAGAAGAUUGGGCUGGAGCUGUGCCUCAGCUGUAACGUCCACGCCGGGAUGGUCACGGGCGGCUUUGAGGGGCACCAUUUCGGGGAGUGGUGGGGUGUCGAGGGGAGCGUGAUUUCGCUGGGCACAGAUGAUGUGGGUGUUUUUGGCAGCCCGUUAUCGAACGAGUACAGGCUGGUGGCUGAGCAUUUCAACCUGUCUCGAGAUGAGGUUUGCGCACUCGCCCGACGGGGCAUUGACUCCAUCUUUGGCGGAGACGCUGAGAAGCAGCGCCUUCAAGACGUCAUGUGGUGA